UUCCUCCUGUCAAGUUGCCAUAUUAAACAAUUAAAAAAAAACCCCACAGCAUGAUUUUCAGGAAAACAGAAACAGGAAGAUGUUUGGGAUACAUUAACAGCCAAAAGGAAGCAUUCUGUAUUACAGAGCUCUCAGGCGCAACUGGGCCAUGAAGAACUUGCUGUUCUUUAUUGUCCCAUUUCUUCUCUGGACCUGUUCUGCUUCCCCAGUUGGAAAAUGCAGUCGUCCACCUCCUGUUCAAGAUGGAGACAUUCUGGAGAUGCCCCAGACACUGUAUUUUACAGGUGCCAAAGUAACAUACAAAUGUCAAAGACACUAUGUAAUGAAAGGUUCUCCAGACGUACGGUGUGAAAAUGGUCAUUGGACAGAAACUCCAGUAUGCAUAGUUCCUUGCAUCAUCACUGGAGAAGAGAUGGAUCAAAACCAUAUCCACCUGAGGUGGAGAAAUGAAAAAAAAUUAUAUGUGGAAUCUGGUGAAGUUGUAGAAUUUGCCUGCAAAACAGGUUAUCAGCCGGAAGCGUCAUCCAGUGUAUUCAGAGCACAUUGUACCGAAGGCAACUUGGAAUAUCCAAGAUGUAUGCAGGCAUCUUGAGAUUCAUGGGAAGGAGAAGCCUACAGCACACACUUUUAGCCAGGAAUCGAGUCUUCUGAAAUCACGGAUCACUUAUUUUUAACUGCAUUGAAUCAAAGUGCCUUUGCACAUACUGUAUAGGAAUCGUAAUAAGUAAUAGUAAUCCUAGAAUUGCAGAGCUGGAAGGGAGCCUGUGGAGUAUGCAUGGAUGGUGCAUGCAUAACCCUCAUCAAGGAGACACAAUGGGGAAUUGAACUCCCAGCUUUCUUUUAAAUGGAUUGCUAAAGUGCUAGGAUACUACAGUAAUUGGGAAACUAGGGAACAGUUCUUUAACUCACAGAGGGGGUCUCUACUGUUCUUCUAUGUACAUUGGCAUAGUUUUGAUUACACUGUACUGUACUGAAAAAAAAUGAAGUUUCCAUCAUGUUCUGUUGGAGCCACUGAAAUUCCCAUUAUAAAUUCUGUAUUCUCUACUGUCUAUCAAUAAAGCAUCUGAAUUGUUUCAGGUACAAUCCUGAAUCUCUGGUUAGGCAUGAAGCACUGGGGUAAAAAUUUGAAAUCAUAUCUGUUUACAACAGAUUCCUGAGUCAAAAUGUAACUUCUCCACUGUUAUAAAUUGAUAUCUGCCAAAAUGUA